AUGGCGAGAGAGAAGAAUUGUGUGGAGUGUGGGCAUAAGGUUAAAUCAUUGUAUAUUCAAUACUCUCCAGGGACUUUUCGCCUCAUGAAAUGCGAGAAUUGCGAGGAAGUAGCAGACGAAUAUAUCGAGUGUGAGCUAAUGAUUAUUUUCAUUGACUUGAUUCUUCACAAAACAAAGGCAUAUAGACACUUACUCUACAAUGUCAUGAAUCAAGAAACUGUAAAUUUUCAGCAACUGUUGUGGAAAUUGGUCUUGGCUUACCUUCUUCUUGAUACUUAUAGAAGCUUGCUGCUGCGAAGAACCAAUGAUGAAUCUAUGAGCUUUCUUCUUGCAUCUCUAGAGGUUAUUGUCAAUGUCCUAUCUGCAAAUUUCGCAUUUGUUUUAUCAUUUGCACUUGCUGCUAAAAUGUUUAUGUCAAUGGGCGCUUCCAGAAGAAGAGAGAUUCUUGUGGGGAUCUUAAUAUCGAGUUACGUCAAGAUCUUUCUGUUUGCUAUGCAUGUGUGGGAGUUACCGGUUUCAGUGAUCUUCAUCGUAGAUAUGCUCGUCUUAACAUCGAACGCAGUUGCUCUUAAAGUGAUGACUAAAUCAACGACGAGCAGAUGCUUGGCCGCGUGUUUCAUGGCACACUCGAUUAGAUUCUUGGCAGAUCAUCUCACUGGGUCAAGGUCUGCAUGCGAUGUGUCUGCCUCUUCUUUUCAGAAACUCGUGAUCUCAUCAUAA